AUGUUGGCUGCUGCUGUGAAGCUGCUGCUACGACCCGAGAAAAUAUCGCACGUUGGCGAGGCUGCCGAGGUCGAGCGGGCGGAACGCGACGUUCACCUGGCCGAGAGUGUGGUUGAUCUUCUCUGCGACGUCGCUGCGAGCAACAGCUACAGCGCAUUGGUAACCCAGACUGAAGGUCCCACCCGUGAUAGGAAUGGUGCCCUUAAAGGCGGUCAUGAAAACGAUGAGGUAUCUCCAGCGCUAUUCUGCGACACGUCCUCUAGUGAGAUUACCGUGAUAGAAGAAACGCCUAUCAAAUCACGCAGCCUGGAAGUAGCGCCCCCAACCAACCUGUUGUACUACUCAGGCACCCAUAAGGCCAUUUUCUGCAAGAUACACGCUCAGGAUGUCGUGGACCACGUCAUUGUCGAGAUGGGCCACGUCAACCUGGCCAUUGCCAAAGCCGGAACUCCUGGUCCGGCGGCGCGCUUCAACCCGAGCCGGUUUUUGCAAAAGACGCGGAAGGCCAUGCUUACGGACUUCUCCAUGGAGGAGAUAAACGAGACACUGAGCCUUAUCGUCACGGCUGCUUUCUUCACCUUGACAGCCAUCUUCGAGCCACUCGAUGCGGGAAACAAGAAUGUGAUAAAACUUGCAGACAGCUUCUGA